AUGACUUUUACCUCCUUUAUCAAACCAGAAUCAGACCCAAACCUCAUUGUUCCAACCAAGCCAUUCAAUUUAUCUCCAAAUAUCGUUGAAAGGUUCUCACUCAAAGACAAAGUCACUGUCAUUACUGGAGGAGCAGGUGCCAUUGGAAGUGCCAUUGCUGAAGGUUAUGCUCAAGCUGGAGGCCAUGUUAUAAUAUUAGAUCAUGCAUCAUCCGACAAUGGUUUAACCUCAAGAUUAUCAUCGACCUAUGGAGUAAAAUCCAAGUUUUUCCAAAUUGACGUCACAAAUUCCCAACAGGUCCAACAAGUAAUUGGUCAAAUUGAUGAAGAGUUUGGCACCAUCGACGUGUUUGUUGCCAAUGCUGGGAUUGCAUGGUACACCGGAUCCAUUUUGAAUGAAGACUCAACUCCAGAAAACUGGAGACGUGUUUUCGAUGUCAACGUAAACGGUGUCUUCUACUGUGCUAAAUACGCUGGAGAAAUUUUUAAAAGAAACGGUAGCGGGUCAUUCAUUAUCACCGCAUCAAUGUCUGCCCAUAUCAACAAUGUACCAAACUAUCAAACAUGCUAUAAUUCCGCCAAGGCUGCAGUAAUGCACAUGGCCAAAGGUUUGGCCGUUGAGUUUGCUGGUUUUGCUAGAGUUAAUUCUGUUUCUCCUGGCUAUACAAACACUCUAUUAUCGGAACCAAUACCAAAACCACAAAGGGCAAAAUGGUGGGGUUUAACUCCAAUGGGAAGAGAAGCUGAAACCGAUGAACUAGUUGGAGCAUACCUCUAUUUGGCCAGUGAUGCAUCUUCAUUCACAAAUGGAUCGGAUAUCAGAGUAGAUGGUGGAUACUGUUGUGUAUAA